AUGGAGCGAAUUCAAACUGUGGCUCCGCCACUGAAGAACGAGGACGCGAUCAAGGAUCGCCGCGAGGAGCUGUGCCUGGAGCUUAAGAUCUGCGACAAUCUCGAGCGCGGCAAGAGGAUCCACUCGAUCAUCUCCGGCAGCGAGCAUCACCGGCGCGACAAGCUCCUGGCCAAUUUCCUGAUCCACAUGUAUGGGCGCUGCGGCAGCGUGGAGGGCGCUCGCGCGGUCUUUGAUUCCAUCCCGGAGCCCAAUGUCUUCUCCUGGAACAUGAUCAUCCAGGCGUAUGCCCGCAACCGGCAUAUAGAUUCGGCGCGAGCGCUCUUCGAGAGAGCCCCGCAAACCGAUGUUCUCACCUGGAAUUCCAUGAUCGCCUCGUAUGCCCAGGAGGGAAAACUCACAGAAUCGAAGAACCUUUUUGAUCGGAUGCCCGAGAAGAACGUCGUCUCUUGGAAUUCGAUCUUACAAGCAUAUGCCCAAAACCAGCAACUUACCAAAGCUCAGACCAUCUUUGAGACAAUGCCCGAAUGGAACGUUGUUUCGUGGAACACUUUAAUCUUAGCAUAUGCCCAACAUGGGCAUUUGCAUAAAGCUCAGUUCUUGUUUGAAAAUCUAGAAUUUGCAAACUCAAUCUCGUGGAAUACUAUACUAUCGGGAUAUCUACAAGCUGGAGAUUUCACUAAAGCUAAAGAACUGUUUGAUCGAAUGCCCUUGCCAGAUAUUGUGUCGUGGAACACUUUGGUAUGGGCAUUUGCCCAAGCUGGGCUUUUUGGUAUAGCUUUUAGUUUGUUUAGGCAGAUGCCCGGAUGGGAUUCUGUGACGUGGACGGCCCUGAUUCAAAGUAGCGGCCAUUACCAAAACUGGGAUGGAAUUCGUUACCUGUAUGAUAGAAUGCCAAAGGAAGACAUGGCAGUGUGGAAUUCGCUAUUACUGGCUUAUGCCCACAAUGGGCAUUUUGUUGGAGCGCAUAAGGUAUUUCACGAAAUGCCGCGAUGGAGCCUAACUUCUUGGAACUCAAUGGUAAUUCUCUAUGGUAACUCUGGCGAGUUUGACUCCGCCGAGGGCUUUGUUUCUAUGAUGCCUCAGAGGGACAUAGUGACGUGGACAGUGCUGCUGGCGGCAUAUGCCCAAGCUGGGCGUACGGAAUGCGCCAGGCGCGUGUAUGAGUUUAUGCCCGAGCACAAUGUGGUCAGCUGGAACGCGAUGAUCCAAGCGUACGGACUUAAUGGAUCCUUAGAGAACGCCAGGAGCUUGUUUCACGACACAAUGCGAGACAAGGACAUUGUCUCUUUCACUUCUAUGAUCCAAGCUUACGCGCAGAACAACGAUCUCGAGGCCGCCGUACGAACGUUUGAGAGAAUGCCGUUCUGGGACGUUGUCGCCUGGACGACCAUGAUCACCGUUUACGCUCAGUAUGGAGAUUUGGAGUCGGCAAUAGACGUGUUUAACUCGAUGCCACAGAGGAACUUAGUGACUUGGACGGCUAUGAUCCAAGCUUAUUGCUCCAGAGGCCAUUUGGAGGAGGCCAAGAGUUUGAUGGACAAGCUUCCAGUGUGGAGCAUCACACUGGGUAAUGUUUUGCUGCAAGCAUAUGCCCAGAAUGGUUAUACAGAGCUCACAAGACAAGUCUUUGAUGCCAUGCCCAAAAAGGAUAUAGUCACCUGGACGAGCAUGCUGUCGGCUCACGCUCAAAACAUGGAGCUCUUGGAAGCCGAGAAGCUCUUCUCUGAGAUGCCGGAGUGGAGCUCCACAGUUUGGAACGCGUUGCUGGCCGCUUAUGCUCGCAAUGGAAAGCUGGAAAAAGUGAGAAGAACGUUUGAGAUGGUACCGGAGAAGGAGAUUGCUACCUGGAGUGCGGCUAUCUCGGCUUGCGCGCACUUGGGCGAUGGAAGACAAGCGAUCGAGCUGUUCAAGAGGGUCGAGAACGAAGGCCUCCGAGUGACCGAGGUGUCGUGGCUGGCAGCGAGCACUACUGCUCCAUGGUUGACAUACUUGGUCGCUUGGGAGAACUCGAGAAGGCUGAGGACUUGA